CGUCAUGCCUGUGAAGCCCUCAAAACGCCUGCCGAGCAUGAGCUGACCGUUGAGUUGGCCCCACGUACCUACCGCGUGGUCCGUAUUAGGGGCACGCCGCCAGCACUGAAAGACACCUACGCCGCCUGUCCUAAGAGCGUCAUCAAGUUACAGUCCGUGCUCGCUCCGGUCGCACAACCCUGGAAUCACUGCAACAGGGAAACCGCCUGGAGGCAGAGACCAACCGUCGGCAAAAGAAACACAAUGCCAAAAUAG